AUGGCAUACAUGUACCUUUUAUCAAUUUUUUUAUUUUUCAAUAAUAUUGAUUGUAUUUCAUCUGUUACCUAUUCGUGCGAUCGAAAUGCUGAAUGUGGAUGUUCAAAAACGAAUGCUCAAUUAAACAAAAUUGUUGGUGGCGAAUCAGCAGUCGAUUCUAGUUGGGGAUGGGCUGUAUCUUUACAACGUAGCUCUACUAAUAGUCAUUUUUGUGGUGGUACAAUUAUAUCACCAUUACAUAUUAUUACUGCUGCUCAUUGCGUUGUAGGCACUUCAUUUAAUAUUGGCUCUACAAAAGUAGUUGUUGGCAUAGAUGCACUUUCUCAAAGACCACCGAUGGCUCAAGAACGUUCCAUACUACAGGUUUUCUCACAUCCACAAUAUAGUACCAUCACGAAAGCGAAUGAUAUUGCAGUCCUACGACUUAAUCAACCAUUAACUAUUUCAAAUGAAAAAGGUACUGCUCGAUUAUGUUUCCCACGAGUUAAUGCAACAUCCAUGGCCUAUAAUUAUCCCAUCUCAAAUUCAGCACUGGUGGCAAUUGGAUGGGGUGUGUUACGAUCAGGAGACCAGACCAUACCAUCUAACCUACACCUUCAACAAGUGACAGUAAAUUCUCUACCGGCAGAUCAUCAAAUGUGCGCGUCUUCAAUUAAUAAUCGACAACUUCAGUUUUGUGCUGCUGUAUCGGGUGGUGGAAAAGAUACAUGUCAAGGUGAUUCAGGUGGCCCUUUAAUGUAUUUCGAGUCCAAGGAACGCCAGUGGGUAUUAGCUGGUGUAACUAGCUACGGGCAGGGAUGUGGUCUGUCUAGUUACGCUGGUGUAUAUACACGUACUUCAGCCUAUCAUAGUUGGCUUCAAUCAAUUGUCACUGAUCGUUUUAUUGAAUUAACAGUGAAUGGUGCUAGUGACAUGUUGACAGUGAGUAAUACUAGUUCUACUACAGCAAUGAAUGGUGCUAGAUCUACUUCACCAAAUUUAUUUUGAUUCUUCUAUUGUGGAUUUCUUCGACGAACUCUUCUUGGUGCAGGAUCUGGCCGACUUACGCCAGCAGAUCUCUUCCCAUAUCCAUUAACAUUAUCUUCUUUAUUUCCAUUAACAUUAUCCCCUUCAUUUCCAUUUAAUUCAUCAUCAGAUAUCGGUUCUAAAAAAUUUAAAACAUUUUUAAAGAUACUGUUACUUGGUUUAAAUAAUAAUAAUCUAAAUAAUAAACGUAUUUGUUCAAAUGAAUCUGAAUUAACAUGUGGUAUUUCAUACAAUCAACCAAAACUUUGUGCAAAUGCAACGUGGAACCAGGCGGCUAUAACUUUUGCCGAUGGCACCACGAUUGGCACACUACCUCUAGGCAUUUUUGUCAAUACAGAUAACAGCGUUUAUGUCGCUGAUCGAUCGAAUGGGAGGAUUCAAGUGUGGUUUAACGGAAGUACCACACUUACAGGCAAUUACUCUGGUGGUCUAUCUACACCUUAUAGCGUCUUCGUUACGGAAAAUAGUGAUGUUUAUGUCGACAAUGGCAACACAAAUUAUCGGGUUGAUAAGUGGGGAUGGAAUUCAACAAGCAGUGUUCCAGCAAUGUAUAUGUGCGGGCAAUGUUACGGUCUUUUUGUCGAUAUCAAUAAUAUGCUUUACUGCUCACUGUCUUCUUAUCAUCAAGUUAUCUACAAAUCAUUGACCCAAAAUUUAAAUAUAUGGACUAAUGUCGCCGGUGUAAGUAAUACAGCUGGAUCGACAUCGACCACACUUCAUAGUCCUUAUGGAAUCUUUAUCGAUAAAUACUUAAACUUAUAUGUGGCUGAUAAUGGAAAUAAUCGGAUUCAAAAAUUUGCAUCUGGACAAUCAAAUGGAACAACAAUAUCAACAGGAGCCAUCACACUCUCCAUUCCAACUGGAGUUAUACUCGAUAGUGAUGGAUAUGUUUUUAUUGUUGACAAUGGCAACAAUCGCAUUAUUGGUUCAGGACCUAAUGGCUUUCGAUGUAUAGCAGCAUGUUUUGGAUCAUAUGGUUCAUCAUCCAGCCAAUUAUAUUAUCCACAAAGCAUGAGUUUUGACAGUUAUGGAAAUAUAUUUGUCAUCGAUCAAUACAAUCAGAGAGUACAAAAAUUUCUCUUUUUAUCAAACUCAUGUAAUACAACCACAGUAACAACUACCACAACAACUAUGAUGAGCAUCAUUCAAACGACCACUGCAUCAACAUCCGUGUCUUAUUCUAAUGUUAUAUCAUUCAAUCAACCAAAAUUUGGCGCCUAUGCUACUUGGGAUAGCAAUGGAAUUACUUUUGCAAAUAGUAGUACAGUUGGCACAAGUCCAUAUGGAAUUUUUAUAGACACUAGCAAUACGGUUUAUGUAGCCAAUAAAGCAAACAAUCAGAUUCAAGUAUGGUUAUCAGGAAGUAGUAUACCUACAAGAAAUAUUACUAGUGGUGUUACAUCUCCAUAUAGUAUCUUUGCUACAAUCACUGGUGAUAUUUAUGUCGAUAAUGGAUAUGCAAAUAAUCGAGUCGAUAAAUGGGCAUCAUACGGAAAUAUAAGUAGUUCAAUAAUGCAAGUUCAAGGUGCAUGUUAUGAUCUCUUUAUCGAUAUUAAUAAUACUCUUUACUGUUCAAUGUAUAGUCAAAGUCAAGUUGCUAUAAAAUCAUUGAAUGGCAAUUCAAGUCUGUGGAUCGUUGCAGCUGGUACAGGUUGUUCUGGAUCAACUUCGAAUACACUUGAUAAUCCUCGUGGAAUCUUUGUUGAUACAAAUCUCAAUUUAUAUGUUGCUGAUUGUGGAAACAAUCGAGUGCAAUUAUUUUUAUCUGGGCAAGUAACAGCAACGACAGUAGCAGGAAGUACCGCUAAUGGAACAAUCUCACUUAGUUGUCCUAGUGAUGUUGCACUUGAUGGCGAUGGAUAUCUUUUUAUUGUAGACAGUAAUAAUAAUCGUAUUAUUGGUUCAGGACCUAAUGGCUUUCGAUGUAUAAUUGCAUGUACAUCUACCAGUGGUUCAGCAUCCAAUCAAUUAAGUAAUCCAUCGACUUUUAGUUUUGAUAGUUGUGGAAAUAUAUAUGUUACUGAUCAAAGUAAUAAUCGAGUACAACAAUUCACUCUUCAAAUCAACAAUUGCAGUAAGUUACUUGUAAAUAAUGAAACAUUAUGA